CAACUCAAAACCGGACCGCCGAUAGAUGAUCCACCUGGGAAAUCCGGAGUAAAAAAAAAAAAAAAGACACUCUCUGCUAAGGAGUCGUAUGGGGCCCGAAUGGGAAACUUAUAUCGAACAAAAAACGAUUCCCAAAUUCCUUCCCCAACUUUGCCGCAACCCGCAAGCUAUAUAGACUUUGCCGCUGCUACCCCAACAUGUUCGCCAGGUCCAAUGAGCACCGCCUCGAGCUCCGCUGCUCCGCUGGCGGUUCUCUUCCUCCACGGCCAACGGCGGCCGCGAACUCUGCUUCUCCUCCAACUCCACCGACCCACUUCCACGCCCUCCCUCUCCCUUUCCAUCUCCUCCUCCCUCUUCCGCCGCCGCGGCCGCGCCCGUGGCCGCCGCCGCCACCCCCUGGACCCUCAAGGGGGCCCCAAGCCCUCGCCUUCCGACCGAGAUCUCGAGCUGUCGAUCGACUUUGAUGCCGCCGCCACCCGGGUCGCGGCGGCCCUGGCGAGCCUCCGCCGCUCGUCCGAGGCGAAGCUCCGCCUCUUCCUCUCCUCUGGAGCUGAGGCCUACCAGGAUCUCCUGACCUCUGUCCAGGUCGAUCGCGGCCACCGCGUCGUGUUCUCCUGCCGCCAGUCUUCGCUUCUCUUCGUGGCGAACCUGUUCAUCUGGAGCUUCGUUGCGGUUCUUGCGGCUAGGGUUUUGGGGUGGUUGUUGUCGGGGUUAGGAUUAGGGUUUCGGUCGGGGUGGUGGUCUGGGGACAGGAUGGUGGUCCGGAGGGAUCGGAGCCUUGGUGGGAGGGAGGUUGUGGUGGGGAGGAGGAUUAAGGGAAGGGAAGUGGGGAAGAGUUCUAGGGUUUCAGUGAGCCCUCUUUCGCCUCCAACCGGUGCUGAGGUGAACAUUGGGGGGAAUGCAUUGCGAAGACCUGUGGAGAAGCAAGAGAAGCUGCCUAAGUGGUGGCCGGAUUCGAUUUCCUCGCAGGUGAUUUUGGUCGCAAAGGAAGAGUUCCAAAGGGAAGCAAAUAGACUGGUCCGAGCAAUGGUGGAUAAUAGAAUGAGCGGGAAGGACUAUAAAGAUGAUGAUAUUAUUCAACUUCGUAAGAUAUGCAAAAUUUCUGGUGCAAAGGUGUCCUUUGAAACAGACUAUGCACGUGAUUCCUUUUAUCGGGCAUCAGUGGACUUUGUUCUCAGGACAUGCAGCAGAGUAAAAGUUCCAUUCAACGGUGUUCAAAUUGAUGGUGAGGAGGCCAGGCAAUUCAUUUCUGGACUUGCUGAUAAUAUUGGACUUCAGAACAUUCGUGCUGCUACACUUGUGCGUGCAGCUGUUGCAGCCCACACACGUUCAUGCUUUUUGCAAUGCUGGGCAUUGGAAGUCCAAGGGAAACGUUCUGAAUCAUUGGAGGAACUAUCAAAAAUCUGUAGAAUUUAUCAGAUUUUCCCCCCUGAAGAACAUUCACCAGAAAUGGAGAUGGUGGCUAGUGGUCUCAAGAGGAAUUUACAAGUGGAACAAAGGGAACACUUGUUGACUAUGUACAGAGAAGCUUGUGGUGUUGAAAGCCAGAACAUUGCAGCAGAAGCCCUAGGUCUGGGAUUUGGGGGACACCCGACUGUGAAAUCCAAGGAUACUCGUGCAUCUUGACGUGAUAUACUGGCAUAGUAUUUGAGCCGUGGUUGGACUGUUCAAAUAAUGCACAUACGAGUCCUAUACACUUCAAAGGUGAUUUACAGUUUUGCUGGUAACUCAGCAUUACAUAAUCAGCGGCCUUGCUGAUCCCUUUCACUUCUUCCUCCACUCAUCAGCUGAACAGUAUACUGUGUCAUAUUUCUGAUUCGUGUUUGAGAUAGCACCCAAAAUACAAACAGCCAAGUAACAAAGCUUUUAAUUCCUGAGAAUUUUAGUAGCCAAGUGAAAUGGAAGCCCCCAAUCAUACAACAUGAUUUGAGUAUCCAUAUGUAGUUACCAUUUCUAUAUUCUUUUAAAGUAUGACAAAUCAAUUAUCAGUGUUUGUGGGUAUUAUUCUUGCUAGUUAUAAUUAUUUUGGUGUAAUUUUAUUUUGUAUGAUCUGACAUUAUCACUUUACUAUGAUAAACCUCAGCUUAACAACUUGAUGCCA